AUGCACGGACUCACUAGCAUCCUUGCCUUCUUGCUCCUCGCGUUCACCGCAAAUGCCGGCAUCACACAAGCCAACUUCACCGGCAUCGGUAACAUCUAUGUCCUCAAGUCGGAGAACUGGGGCACUGCAUCACCGACCAAAGACAAGAUCGGCUGCCUGAAUGACAGCGGCAAGCUCGUCGCGACUACCGACGAAGCAGCAUGUGGCAUCUUCACGCGGCUCAACGACUUCCCGUACACGCUGUCGACGAAGAAGGGAAACUGCACUUUCACCGAUGAGAGCCAAGAGCGCAACACAGAUAGCAUGUACGGCGGGAGUGAUCAUGCGUGGAAUUGCAACGCGACAAUCUUGAGCGACAUCUAUGACGGGCUGUACACAAUUGACGGCUUCCCGUAUGUGUUCUUGUGCUUCGGAGAUGUUGCAUGCUACUAUGAUGCCAAGAAGGCGCCGGAGCGCAAUGAGAAGCUCUCGGUGUGGCAGUAUCACUGGGGAUCGCAGCAGCUGGGUAUCACGCCUGGACAUAUUCAGUUGGUCCUGAUGUGGAACAAGACUGGGGGGUCGCCCAAGAGAGCCAAGGUGGCUGAUAUUCCGAGUCCCAGGGUGCGACUCACGGAUGGCUUGCAGAUACCGUUGUUGGGACAGCAGAGAAGAUUGGGUUGA